AUGAGUCGACUCCUUCGCAUCCGUUCGGUUCUAAAGAACCUGGGUACGUUUGCUGCCCCAGACAAUAUGAACUGGAUAAACAGAUACAAUCAAUUCUCCACCACUACCAUAUAUCAACGAAUAACACCACCCUCUUCAUUCACCGCAAAAGGCUCCAUUCCAGGUGGCAAGGCGCCCGCCAACCGCGAGGCGACAGAAAAUACCAAAUACGCCAUGACCUUGGAAAACUGGCACAAAGGCAUCUAUGGUCGAUAUAUCGACUCCAAACUUGGAGAUGGAGGACCGACGGAGGAUUUGGCGAAAUUACGGCGCAUGCGCGGCAGGCUGCUUCGCAUACGCGAAAUACUCGACGGAGAGUUUGCAGUUUGCCAGAAUGAAGGAGAUGUAGCACAACAAGCUAUAGUUAAAAAUUACAAAAAUCAUGCGAAGUGGAGUAUGGAGGUGCUCUCAGAUCGCAUCGCUGAGGUGGAGGCGUAUGAGAAUGAGUUGAAGGAGCAUUGA